CACACACACACACACACACUCACACACACACACACACACACACACACACACACACACACACACACACGUUAUUUUGCGUUUAUUUGGAAAUGCAUCGAAAGUAGGCCCGGUCUGUUUCGGUGAUGCCGUCCAGUGUUGCCGCUACAAACCCCGCAUUCAAAACUUCCGGGACGGACCGGGACGCAGCUUCGACAAAAUCGAGUUCAGAGCAGGAAGAGGAAGUGUGUGAGCUGACACAAGGAGACACCAUGACAGACACCCCAGCACGCAGAGUGGGACGCCCUGCUCGCAAACGCAAACCCCCAGUGGAACACCAGGGGUGCUAUGGAGUAGAGGCCAUCUCCAGAAUGCUUAGAAUGAGCCAGGUGGAUAGCCGUGAGUCUCUGAAGGAGGGCGUGGUCGCGGUGAAGGAGGCGGAGUUUAACGGCGAGAACGGAAACGGGGUCUCCCGGGGGGCCUUGCAGGGGCCCGACUCCUCCCCUGACUCCUCCCAGCAGAACGGCUCAGACAAGCCGGGUCAGGACGAGGGCUCCGAUCCCUCGACUCCGCGGAAGAAACGUGGCAGGAGGAAACUGGAGCACCCGGAGAAGCAUGUGGAAGAGGAUGGUAGCAACAGUGACACCAGCAGAGGAGAAGGGGAGAGCGGCCGUGUGCGCGGCCGGCAGGGCUGGGACGUCAGCCUGCGCCGGAGACCCGUCCCCAGAGUCACCUACCAGGCAGGAGACCCCUUCCGCAUGAGCAGAAGGGAGAGAGAGGAGCUGCUGGCCCAGUUUAAGAAGCAGAAGGAAGAGAAGAAGACCCACCUGGCGAUGCCGAUGACUGAUGCCAUGUCUGACCAAUCAGGAGAAGACACUCAGAAAAAGGAAGAGCAGACAGUAGUCACUCUGCCACCCACCCCCACACCCCAGACCCCGCCCCCUCAGCAGCAGCACACAGACCCCGCCUCCCCGACUGUCGCCACGACGCCCGAGCCCGCCCCUGUAGCCUGUGCUAACAGUGAGCGUCGUAAGUCUUCGGAGGUGGAGCAGGAAUAUGAGGACGGCCGUGGGUUCGGUAUCGGGGACCUCGUCUGGGGGAAGCUGCGUGGGUUCUCCUGGUGGCCCGGCCGCAUCGUGUCCUGGUGGAUGACCGGCCGAAGUCGGGCUGCGGAGGGGACCAGAUGGGUCAUGUGGUUCGGAGAUGGAAAAUUCUCUGUGGUGUGUGUGGAGAAGUUGUUACCUUUGGGUUCUUUUUCUACUGCCUUUCAUCAGCCAACAUACAGUAAGCAGCCCAUGUACAGAAAAGCCAUCUAUGAGGUGCUACAGACGGCCAGUACGCGGGCAGGUAAACCGUUCCAAGUGUGUGUGACGAGUGAUGACUCGGACUCGGGGAAGAGUGUUGAGCUGCAGACCAGAGAGAUGAUAGACUGGGCGAGCGCGGGGUUUCCCCCUACAGGAGCCAAGGGCCUAGAACCCCCGCCAGCGGAGCGUAAUCCCUACACAGAGGUGUAUCCGGAGAUGUGGGUGGAGCCUGAGGAAGCAGCAUACACCACCCCACCCACUAAGAAACCUAGGAAGAGCAGCGUGGACAAACCCAAGAUCAAGGAGAUUAUAGAUGAAGGGACCAGAGAGAGGCUCGUGUAUGAAGUUCGUCAGAAGUGCCGGAACAUCGAAGAUAUGUGCAUAUCCUGUGGAAGCCUGAAUGUGUCACUUGAACAUCCACUCUUCAUUGGAGCCAUGUGCCAGAGCUGCAAAAACUGCUUCCUGGAGUGUGCAUACCAGUAUGACGAUGAUGGCUAUCAGUCCUAUUGCACCAUCUGCUGUGGAGGGAGAGAGGUUCUUAUGUGUGGAAACAACAACUGCUGCAGGUGCUUCUGUGUGGAGUGUGUGGACCUGUUGGUAGGGACGGGCUCUGCGCAGGCUGCUAUAAAGGAAGACCCGUGGAAUUGCUACAUGUGCGGCAGCCGCACGGUGUUCGGGCUGCUCCGUCGCCGUGACGACUGGACAUCACGACUGCAGCUGUUCUUUGCCAACAACCACGACCAGGACUUUGAGUCUCCUAAGCUCUUUACCCCUGUUCCAGCAGAGAAGAGGCAACCAAUCCGAGUGCUCUCUCUGUUUGAUGGCAUCGCUACAGGUUUAGUGGUGCUAAAGGACCUAGGGAUCCAGGUGGAGCGUUACGUGGCGUCCGAGGUGUGUGAGGACUCCAUCACUGUGGGCCUGGUGCGGCACCAUGGACGCAUCAUGUAUGUGGGAGAUGUCCGCAAAGUCACACGCAAACACGUGAGUCGCAGUGUAAUACCGGAAUGGGGUCCAUUUGAUCUUGUGAUUGGUGGAAGCCCAUGCAAUGAUCUUUCUAUUGUCAACCCAGCCAGGAAAGGACUCUAUGAGGGCACUGGUCGUUUGUUUUUCGAGUUCUACCGGCUGCUGCAUGAAGCUCGUCCUAAAGACGGAGACGACAGACCAUUCUUCUGGCUCUUCGAGAACGUCGUUGCCAUGGGAGUCAGUGACAAGAGAGACAUUUCACGCUUCCUUGAGUGCAACCCGGUGAUGAUCGACGCCAAGGAGGUGUCAGCUGCCCACCGUGCCCGAUACUUCUGGGGCACUCCUGGCAUGAACAGGCCAUUGACUGCCAUGGCAAAUGACAAGCUUGACCUGCAAGACUGUCUGGAACAUGGACGUACAGCCAAGUUUGACAAGCUGAGAACCAUCACCACCCGCUCCAACUCAAUCAAACAGGGCAAGGACCAGCAUUUCCCCGUCUACAUGAACAACAAAGAAGAUAUCCUCUGGUGCACCGAGAUGGAGAGGGUGUUCGGAUUCCCCGUCCACUACACCGAUGUGUCCAACAUGAGCCGCCUGUCCAGGCAAAGGCUUCUGGGAAGGUCGUGGAGCGUCCCCGUGAUCCGACACCUCUUCGCGCCGCUGAAGGAAUACUUCGCCUGUUAAUGAGCCCCACCUGCCCGAGUCGCAUUAUGACAUCA